AUGGAGGACAGUGAGAGGGAAGGAGGGGGAAAUCAACAGCACCCAGCACUCCAUUCUCCCCCUUCUCCGCUUUCCCAGAGUUAUACACAUCAUUCACCGUUGCCUUCUCUUGCGCAUCAGGAGGACUCUAAUGGGGAGAAGACAAAGUUUAUGGUGGGUAUUGACGAGGCAGGGCGAGGACCAGCCCUGGGGCCAAUGGUGUACGCUGCCGCUUAUUGCCCAGUCGAUUGGGAGCAGCUCAGCGAACUAGGUUUCAACGACUCCAAAGUGCUCACAGCCGAUACCCGGACCAAGCUCCUCGGCACGCUCUCCGCCCACCCCACGCAUCUCGGCUGGAGCGUGCAAGUUCUCGCCCCCUCCUCCAUCUCCCAAGGCAUGCUCGCCCGUCCUCCCACAAACCUCAAUGUCCAGUCCCAGAACGCGACAGUGCAUAUCCUGCGUUCCCUCCUUCAGGCAGGGCUCAACAUCACCCAGAUCUUUGUGGAUGCUCUCGGCCCGUCGGUGCCUUACCAGAAGUAUUUGCAGAGUCUGUUCCCCAGUGCGGAAGUGACUGUGUGCCCGAAGGCGGACAGUAUAUACGAGAUUGUGGGCGCGGCGAGUGUGGCUGCGAAGACGUGUAGAGAUGCGUGGAUGGAGAGCUGGGUAUGGGAGGAAGAAGGCAUGCCGCCUGGACAGGAACUAGGUAGUGGGUACCCUUCCGACCCCAAGACUCAGGCGUGGAUUGCCAACCGCCUGGAGAAGACGUUUGGGUACCCCCGGUUGGUGAGGUUCUCAUGGGCCCCGAUCAGGCUAUCGAUGGAGAAACAUGGGCAUGUCGUCAAAUGGAUGGACGAUAACCAAGCUUCGGUGGCUAAGAGCUUUGCGAGUGCGACGGGGAGAGAUAAGGGCAGGUGUGGUCUUGCGAAGGAUCUGGGGUUGAGGAGCGUUUGUGAUAUCUGA